UGGAGUUUUUGAUUGGUUGUGUCGUCGUCUGAUCCUGAAGGGAAACAUGGAAAUAUGGGGAUGGUCGACGAUGCUUCAACUGACAGUAAUGUUAGCUAUAAUUUUUGGGUUAGGUUUAGUAGUUACCCUUGUUAUUGAAACAUUUAGAAGAAGAUUUAACCACAGUCAUCUUGAAGCUCACCCGAUCUUCGAAGAUCCAAAUUCUUUGAAACAGGUCAAGUGUCCUUAUAUAUAUGAUCCUGCAGAAAAAUAUAUUUCAUUGAUCGUUCCUGCAUACAACGAAGAGUGCAGAUUGCCUGUAGCUCUUGAUGAGACAAUGAAUUAUCUUGAAGAACGUGCAAGAAAGGACCAAUCAUUUUCAUAUGAGGUGAUAAUUGUUGAUGAUGGAAGUUCUGAUGGAACAAGAAGAGUAGCUUUUGACUUUGUGAGGAAGUAUAAAGUAGACAAUGUUAGAGUAGUUCUUCUUGGAAAGAAUCAGGGAAAAGGAGAAGCUAUAAGAAAAGGGAUGCUUCAUUCACGGGGAAAACUACUUCUGAUGCUAGAUGCCGAUGGAGCAACCAAAAUUGAUGACCUAGAAAAGCUUGAAAAUCAGAUACUUGCAGUUGCCAAAAUGGAACAUCAGACUGCUGGAGAUUCAAGUGACGGAAUUGCAGAUAUCCCUAUUGUGGCAUUUGGUUCUCGUGCUCAUCUAGAGAAGAAAGCUCUAGCUACAAGGAAGUGGUACCGCAAUUUUUUGAUGAAAGGCUUCCAUGUGGUGGUCCUUCUAGCUGCUGGUCCCGGGGUUCGUGAUACACAGUGUGGCUUUAAGAUGUUUACUAGAGCUGCUGCAAGGAAGCUUUUUACCAAUAUCCGUUUGAAAAGGUGGUGCUUCGAUGUUGAAUUAGUUUAUUUAAGCAAAUUCUUCAGCAUCCGUAUAAUAGAGAUAUCUGUAACCUGGUCUGAGAUUCCGGGAUCUAAGGUGAGUCCAUUAAGCAUCCUUAACAUGCUGUGGGAAAUGGCUCUCAUGUCUCUGGGUUACAGAGCUGGUAUCUGGAAAAUACGUAAUCGAGGAUUAUAAUUCAAAGCAGAGAUCAUUUGGCCGAGGUAACCAUACAUGCUUAUUUUCAAACGCAAGUUAGGUCAAGUAGAUCAGUGUUUUUGUGACUUGUACUCCUAAUUUGUUGUUGAAUUCUUAAUUAUUUUUUUUCUUGGAGUUUUAUUUUCAAGAAAACUGUAUACGGGGAAAGACUACUCGAGGGAUUACAUAUGUUUUCGACCUUAUGGGUGACGGUUAUACUAGUUUGCUAAUCUAUCCUGCUUAAAGCUUUUGGCUUAAAA